GUGCAGGCGUUGGCAUUCGAUCAUUCUGGAGGCAGGAGGUCAGCGUUGACCUGAGGCGGCCUCAUCUCUAUGUAUUUAUCGGCUGAUUUUUAAUCAACUUCUGGGAGGGUGUGUGUGUGUGUGUGCACGCGCGCGCGCGCGCGCCUGGAUCUGUCUGUGUGUCUCGGUCCCGGACUUGGGCACUUACGGGCCUGUCCCUUCGCCAACGUUGCCGGGUGUUCACCUUGGCCAUCCAUGCUGCGCUCCCGGUCGGGCACACCACGGGAGAGCCUUGGGGGCGGGCACACAGUGUGAAGGACCUGCGGUGGGCUAGGGAGGGGGCAUUUAAAGCAGAAUCCUAUGGGUGGGCAGACAAUGACUGGUCCAGGUAGUGGGGCCGUUCUUUACGUCCGCGCUCCGGAUCCUAUCCGGAUCUGGCCCUCUCUCCCGCUCUGCUUCUCCGAUGCCUGUGCACGGUGAGGCAGGCCACCGGGCUGUAGACCCGUGUGAGGCCGGCUUUUGUUUACAGACCUCGCCAUUGGGCCAGAGGUACGCUUUUAAGGCCAGGCCACAGCUGCAUGCCCCCAGGAGUCAGAAGUUGAUGCGUCUUCAGGUGACGCUCCCUCCUUUGGUCUCCGGCCCGAAGCUUCACGGAAAAGACACGAUUCCACGUCUUCGCACCAGCCCAGCCCCGCCCCGCCUCACGCUCUCAGAUCUUCUGCACCUAGAGGCGCUGAUAUCUUUUGCUGGGGUCGGUCAAGAUGGGCUGUCCGGGAGCGAACCUCGCCACGGGUAUCCCUUUCUGGUGGCAUCCUCUGGCCAUUCUCUAGGGUCAGAUAGAAUCUAAGCUGUCUUUUUCCUUCGUGGUGGCUGGCAGGUUUUGAAGGACGCGCGCGAGCCCUUGGGAACACUGCAAUUCACGUUUGCUUCUCUGGUACCCAUGCGGUCCCGCGCAGCAGCUGGGCGGCAUCCAGUGGCAGAGCGUCCUGGUUCCGGUGUCAGCCCGGUGCUUGCUGACUUGGCGCACACUUUGAAAGCUGCAACAGAGGUUGAGAGCCUGGCUCUGAGGUCAUAAGCGUCCCGGUAUCCAGUUCCUGCUGAGUAUUAGUUACGACCUGGGUCGCUAUUAAUGAAUGUCUUAGAGCCUCGGUUUAUGCGUCUGUAGAGUGGAGUUGCGGUUCCUUUUGAGAGCAGGUGAUCUUGAUGAAAUGACAACAUAAAUGAACUACACAAUACAGAGACAACAGUAAGAUAAACAUUGAAGUUAGGUUGGUUGUCAGAGGAAAUCUGUAACAGAGAGAGAGAGAGACAGAGACAGAGAGACAGAGAGAGACAGAGAGAGACAGACCCAUCCUUCUUCCAUUUUGUGGAUUUCCCUAUCUUGUUUCUAUAUUAUACGAGGCUGAAGGUUUGUAGCCCCAACAGGACUUGUUCUACUUGGCCUUAGACUUAAUUAUUCUUAUCUAAUCUCUCGAGGUGCCUUUUUUUUUUUUAUGCGUGUGGAUUUCCACGGGCCCUAGUUGUUUCUUCAUGCUUCUUUCUUAGGGGCUGUGUAAAACCUUUGCUGGUGAGCCGCUAGCAGCUUAAAAAGCAAUGGGCGCUGGGGAAGGAGGGCUGUCUGAACAAAGGGCUGUCUGGAGGGAGGAGGGAACUCUUCUUAGCAGGCGAAAUCCAAUCUGUCUGGUGGCUGGAAAAGUUUGGAACAUCACUAGGUUCUAGAGUAGGCUCUUGUGUGGGCUUGGAGGAGUUGGGGACUGAGGGGUAAACACAGAAGUAAUUUUGUUUGAAUAGAGGGAAGUAAAGGUCCUGAGGACGAGGCGUCUAAGCAGGGACAGCAGGCGGAAGGGAGAGUUGACUUCAUGGAGUGUCACCAACACUGUAGGUGUGUGAGCUUUGACUUGGAUGAUUCUCCUGGCUCUUCCCCAGUAAUUUGUUUUUUUUGUUUUUUUUUGUUUUUUUUUUUUUUCUGGGCAAACAUGAGAAGCCAUUUUCUAUUGAAAAACAAAACCACCAACAAACCACAAACAAAUCAUAAUCAGAUAGAUGGCUUUAGAAAAAUCUCGGGAUUGUUGACAAACUCUUAAGAUAUUAUCCAAGAAAUGCUUCUUGUUUGUUGUUGUUUUUUGUUUGUUUGUUUUAACACCCUUUUGGUGUUGGGGGAAAUUACUGAGCUGGGUCCCACAGAGCAUUCUUUGAAUGUGGACCCCAGAAGCCUUUUCCACUCAAAACAAGGAAGCAUGGAAGCAUGCAGGGGUUCCCACUCACAGCUGUACCCUGCCCCCCCUCUCCAAUUUCCUGGUCCUGUGUCAGUUAACCUAAGACGAGCCAUCCCCCCACCCCCCUCAUUGCUAUUGAUGUAAACAGGCUGGUAGCGUUUUACUAGACACCUAUUAGCCAACGUGAUAACUUGUUUAAAGUUCUACUCCCAGGAAGGAUUCCAAUCCUUUCUGAGCUCUGAGAGUUCUCUAGCUCUUUAGGAUGCUGAAGCCCAAUAUUCCUGCCCCCCUGCUGUUGUCUAGGGAUCAAGUCAGUUGGGGGUCUAAACUUAAAAGGGAGCCAGGUUAGGGACUCUCAUUAGCUGACAGUUUAACUAUACACUCAAGUGCUCAUCCAAAGAGCUAGGACAAAGGCCUUUUCCUUGCCUUCUGCAUUUUCUCUCCCCCUGUUUCAUCGAACUCAAGUGGAAAAGCCAUGCAGAUCCUAACUUCUCAGCUCCAACUCUCUGAGUGUUUUGAGAACCUUAGGCCUUCUGGACACCUAGUCACACGCGCGCGCGCGCGCGCGCACACACACACACACACACACACACACACACAGAGAGAGAGAGAGAGAGAGAGAGAGAGAGAGAGAGAAUUUGCUUUUUUGUUUUCUUCGGACUUAGCCAUCUCGAAAAAAGAUCAGUAAAAUCAGAUCUACAAGGCCACCGCUGUCUUUUUCUCCCAUCCUGAUUACUCCAAGCCUUUUCUUUGUGAACAUCCUAUCUUCUGUAACUUCUGUGCCACAGGGGAAAGGGUCUUUUAACGUCAUGGUAAGCUGCAUCGCUUACUUGACAAAUUAAAAGGGGCACUUAGAAAUUAAACGGCCCCCAGCAAGGAGCAAGGAGCAGAGGAAUAAGGAAAACAGUGUCCCAGUGUAAAUGUGAACAAGACUUGUUCACAGUGAGGCACAGUCUCCCCUUCUGUACCUUUCUCAACCUCUGGCACCUUCUUCCACACCCAUCCAGCAUAAGACUUCCUCUGUUCCCUUGCUCUCCAGGGACUUCAUUCAGCAACAAGGGGCCCAGGCUGCAAGUAUGCGCAGCAGGAGAGAUUCCUCCAGGGUUGGUAGAUCGUUCUAGAAGACCUCAUAGGUCUUUAGUUAGCUGGAGAAGUUCCUCUCCCAGUUGCCCAGAGAUCAUGCAGUCUGCUGCUGCAAGGCAGUGCAGUAGAGGGCUGGGCUCACUGGGUGUGGGAGUCAAGCUUUGGCCUGUGUCGCGUGUCGGGGAAUGACCUCGACAGGGUACGAGGAGACGGUUACACUCGUAGAUCAGUUGUCUGCAUCUGAAGGAGGUUAAACAGAGGGAUGAUUCACGGAGAGGCUGUGGGAGGCUCUGGCAGCUGAACAGAGCCUUGGUUUCAGAAUAGGCCAAGGUCUUUUGGGGCUGGGUCCUGCUGCAACCUUUCUGUAAAGAGGACUUAGAUUGAGAUGGGAGGUGGGGGUGGGGGGAUAUCCCAACAGUUUUGAAACCUAGGAUAACUGAGGUAUGGUAUUGGGAAAUGGUAUUGGGAAAGGUGCCCGAUGUUUCCUGCUGGGAACGUUUUAAGUUGGGAAGUAGAAAUAAAAGAAGGGUGGGGGGUGGGCUCGAAUAAAACAAAAUAAGAUACCCCCUCCCCCAAACAACCUUCAUGUAUCGGUUCCAGUUUCUGCCGCCUCGAGAAUGGAUUUACCAAUGAUCCAGAGGCUCACGCUGUCCCUCUAGCUACAGUUUUACUUCAGCUACUCUUUGCUUAUGAUAGACCAAACACAUUAAGUAUAAAGAUCUAGAAACAAAUCGCAGUGUUACUACAGUCAUUAGAGAUGGAGUAUCUCUGUCUUGUCCAGGGUGUCCUUGAACUCAGUUCUCUCCAUUCUCCUGCCUUAGACUCCUGAACGCUGGGAUUUCCGGUAUGUGCUGUCAUACCUGGGAAAUUAUUGUGUUUUUUUUUUUUUUUAAGGGGAUGAGUCUUACCUUUUAAAUAGCUUUUAUUAAAGUAUGUGGUUGUGACUAUUCUAUUUAUUUGUUUUUGAAGUCAUGGGAUUCCAACCCAAGGCUUUGCAUAAGCUAAGUUUUACCACUAAGCCACACCCUUGGACCAAUUGUCUUAGUUACUGUGAUUUCUUCCUGGCCCCUUCUUUCUCUCUGAGUUAGGACUCUUACUUUGAAACCCUGGAUGUGUCGGAACUCACAAUGUUCCUGUGUAAAUGUGUACAAGACAUUAAUAAUUAGGCACAGUUCCCCCUUCUAUACACUUCUCAACCUCUGUCACCACCACUGUCAGCAGUCAGCCAGGUGCUCACCUUUAGUCCUAGCCCUUGGGAGGCAGACACAGAUAGAUCUCUGUGAGCCUGGUCUACACAGUGCGUUUCAAGACAGCCAGGGCUACAAAGAGAAACCCUGUCUUGAAAAUCAACUAUUCCUGGCUCUGUAGUGAAUUUCUUUUCUUUUUUUUCUCCCGCCCCAUGUAGUGAAUUUCUUAUUGUGUCUUGUUUACAGAUGAAAUGUGGCAUGGGUCUGUAUUGUUGGAACCGACAGUGUGUGUGUGUGUGUGUGUGUGUGUGUGUGUGGUUGUAUCCAUGGAUCUACAGGUCAGUCUGGUUUGGAACAAUCCUUGGGCCUGAGGUCUUGGAGCUAGUUUAAGGAGACUUGCUGUGUACAGUUUGUGAGGGAGGGGCUACAAGGCUGCAGCAGCGGGCCUGAGCCCCCGCCUGACGCCUGGCAUGGCGUGGAGCGGAGGGUCUCCUAGGCUAACGACUUUCAGUUGCAUUUCCUUAGGAGCCCCAAACGCACUUCUGCCGCAGUGGGGGAAGACAGGAUAUCCUGUAGAAACAGGCUGCCUUUGUGAAAUCUGCCACCCCUGGGGACCACUUCCAUCUCCCCUGCCACUCUCCCAUCUUCCUUAGAGCUCUGAACCUCGUCAACACAGAUCAAGUCUGCCUCCUGCUCCAGAUUUCCUGCGUCAGCUCUGCGGAGGUUGAUGGCUACUUCUGGAUGCUGACCCUGUCCGAAGCUUGAGCUCCAAAUGGUAGAACCAUUGUGGACUGAAACCCACCUUUCCAGAUCUGAAAGGAAGACUGAGGAAGAGGAAGGGAGGGGACAGUCCCGGAGACAAUUCUAGUCCCUCACUCAGGACUUGAGCAGCGCCUUCAGAUGGCACCUUUGGAGAUCUUGACCAAGGCUCUUCUGUUUGGCCUGGGGUUUCUGGCACAUUCUCCCAGACUCAGGUGAGACCCCGAUGGGCACCCCGUGGGGCAGGUCCUGACACACGUCCCGACUCCAGCCACUGACACCAUUGCCAGCCUCAGUCUCUAAAUGCCACACCGCUCCUGGGGCCAGUUGGGCUGGGCACCACUGUUGCCUUUGAAGACCAUAAAACCAUGGGAAACGCAGAAAGCCAAAAUGUAGACCACGAGUUUUAUGGAGAAAAGCAUGCCAGCCUGGGGCGGAAGCACACUUCACGCUCCCUGCGGCUGUCACACAAGACCCGGAGGACACGGCAUGCUUCCUCCGGGAAGGCGAUCCACAGGAACUCUGAAGUGAGCACCCGGUCCAGCAGCACGCCCAGCAUCCCCCAGUCCCUGGCUGAAAAUGGCCUGGAGCCCUUCUCCCAAGAAGGCGCCCUAGACGACUUCGGGGACCCCAUCUGGGUGGACCGAGUAGAUAUGGGCUUGAGACCCGUAUCUUACACCGAUUCUUCCGUCACUCCCAGCGUAGAUGGCAGCAUCGUCCUCACUGCAGCCUCUGUGCAGAGCAUGCCAGACUCAGAGGAGAGCCGGCUUUACGGGGAUGACGCUACGUACUUGGCUGAGGGAGGCAGGAGGCAGUGUCCCUAUACAUCCAAUGGGCCCACAUUCAUGGAGACAGCGAGCUUUAAGAAGAAGCGCUCCAAAUCUGCAGACAUCUGGCGGGAGGACAGCCUGGAAUUCUCACUCUCAGAUCUGAGCCAAGAACAUUUAACAAGCAACGAAGAAAUCUUGGGUUCCGCGGAAGAGAAGGAUUGCGAGGAGGCUCGGGGGAUGGAAACAGAGGCGAGUCCCCGGCAGCUCAGCACCUGUCAGCGAGCCAACUCCCUGGGUGACUUGUAUGCUCAGAAAAACUCUGGGGUGAAGGCUAAUGGAGGACCGAGGAACAGAUUCUCAAGCUACUGCCGGAAUUUGGUGUCGGAUAUUCCCGAUCUUGCAAAGCAUAAGAUGCCACCGGCUGCUGCCGAAGAGACUCCUCCGUACAGUAAUUACAACACGCUUCCCUGUAGGAAGUCGCACUGUCUUUCCGAGGGUGCCACCAACCCACAAAUUAGCCUUAGCAAGAGCAUGCAAGGCAGAAGAGCAAAAACCACCCAGGAUGUUAACACAGGCGAGGGCAGCGAGUUUGCGGACAGUGGGAUCGAAGGGGCCACCACCGACACGGACCUCUUGUCCAGGAGAUCCAAUGCCACCAACUCAAGCUACUCGCCCCCCACAGGCCGAGCCUUUGUGGGCAGCGACAGCGGCAGCAGUUCAACAGGGGAUGCUGCGCGCCAGGGGGUGUACGAGAACUUCAGGCGGGAACUGGAGAUGAGUACCACCAACAGUGAGAGCCUGGAGGAGGCUGGCUCUGCGCACAGCGAUGAGCAGAGCAGCGGAACCCUCAGUUCCCCGGGCCAGUCGGACAUCCUGCUAACGGCUGCGCAGGGCACUGUGCGGAAGGCUGGAGCGCUGGCAGUCAAGAACUUCCUGGUCCACAAGAAGAAUAAGAAGGUGGAGUCGGCUACCCGGAGGAAGUGGAAGCACUACUGGGUGUCCCUGAAAGGUUGCACGCUCUUUUUCUAUGAGACUGAUGGCAGGUCUGGGAUAGACCACAACAGUGUCCCCAAGCACGCCGUCUGGGUGGAGAACAGCAUCGUGCAGGCUGUGCCUGAGCACCCCAAGAAAGACUUCGUCUUCUGCCUCAGCAACUCCCUGGGUGACGCCUUCCUCUUCCAGACCACGAGCCAGACAGAGCUGGAGAACUGGAUCACCGCCAUCCACUCUGCCUGCGCAGCUGCCGUCGCAAGGCACCACCACAAGGAGGACACGCUCCGCCUCCUCAAGUCGGAAAUCAAGAAGCUGGAGCAGAAGAUCGACAUGGACGAGAAGAUGAAGAAGAUGGGGGAGAUGCAGCUGUCUUCCGUCACCGACUCGAAGAAGAAGAAGACCAUCCUAGACCAGAUCUUCGUUUGGGAGCAGAACCUCGAACAGUUCCAGAUGGACCUGUUCCGAUUCCGCUGUUACCUCGCCAGCCUCCAGGGCGGGGAGCUGCCAAACCCCAAAAGGCUGCUUGCUUUUGCGAGCCGGCCCACGAAGGUGGCCAUGGGCCGCCUCGGGAUCUUCUCCGUGUCAUCUUUUCAUGCCCUGGUGGCAGCCCGGACUGGUGAGAUCGGAGUGAGAAGGCGUACUCAGGCCAUGUCCAGGUCUGCAAGCAAGCGAAGGAGCAGGUUUUCUUCUCUCUGGGGCCUAGACACUACCUCCAAAAAGAAGCAGGGACGCCCAACCAUCAACCAGGUGUUUGGAGAGGGGACUGAUGCUGUAAAGAGAUCUUUAGAGGGAAUAUUUGAUGACACUGUUCCAGAUGGCAAGAGGGAGAAGGAAGUGGUCUUACCCAGUGUCCACCAGCACAACCCCGACUGUGACAUUUGGGUCCAUGAAUAUUUCACUCCAUCCUGGUUCUGUCUACCCAACAACCAGCCAGCCUUGACGGUUGUCCGGCCAGGGGACACUGCGAGGGACACCUUGGAGCUCAUUUGCAAGACACAUCAACUGGAUCAUUCCGCCCAUUACCUGCGCCUGAAAUUCCUAAUGGAGAACAGAGUGCAGUUCUACAUCCCGCAGCCCGAGGAGGACAUUUACGAGCUGCUUUACAAAGAAAUUGAAAUCUGUCCAAAAGUCACCCAGAAUAUCCACAUUGAGAAGUCAGACGCGGCCGCUGAUAAUUACGGGUUUUUGCUUUCUUCUGUGGAUGAAGAUGGCAUUCGAAGGCUCUACGUGAACAGUGUCAAGGAAACCGGGUUAGCUUCCAAGAAAGGCCUGAAGGCGGGGGAUGAGAUUCUCGAGAUCAAUAAUCGUGCUGCUGGUACCCUGAACUCAUCUAUGCUCAAAGAUUUCCUCUCACAGCCCUCCCUGGGCCUCCUGGUGAGGACCUACCCUGAGCCAGAGGGAGGCGUGGAGCUGCUGGAGAACCCUCCGCACCGAGUGGACGGCCCUGUGGACCUUGGCGAGAGCCCCCUCGCCUUCCUCACCAGCAACCCAGGGCACAGCCUCUCCAGUGAGCAGGGCAGCAGUGCUGAGACAGCUCCAGAAGAGGGCGAAGGACCGGACUUGGAGUCUUCUGAUGAGACAGAUCACAGCAGCAAGAGCACAGAACAGGUUGCAGCGUUUUGCCGGAGUCUGCACGAGAUGAGCCCCUCUGACUCAAGCCCGUCCCCUCAGGAUGCCACAAGCCCUCAGCUGGCAACCACACGACAGCUGUCGGAUGCGGAUAAGCUGCGCAAGGUGAUCUGUGAACUGCUGGAGACUGAACGCACCUAUGUGAAAGACUUAAACUGCCUCAUGGAGAGAUACCUGAAGCCCCUUCAGAAGGAGACCUUUCUCACCCAGGAUGAGCUUGAUGUACUUUUUGGAAAUUUAACCGAAAUGGUGGAGUUUCAAGUCGAGUUCCUUAAGACUCUAGAAGAUGGAGUAAGACUGGUCCCUGACUUGGAAAAGCUGGAGAAGGUUGACCAGUUCAAGAAAGUGCUCUUCUCUCUGGGGGGAUCCUUCCUGUACUACGCGGACCGCUUCAAGCUCUACAGUGCCUUCUGUGCGAGCCACACAAAAGUCCCCAAGGUCCUGGUGAAAGCCAAGACGGACACAGCCUUCAAGGCGUUCCUCGAUGCCCAGAACCCGAGGCAGCAGCACUCAUCCACGCUGGAGUCUUACCUCAUCAAGCCCAUCCAGAGGGUCCUCAAGUACCCGCUUCUGCUCAGGGAGCUGUUUGCGCUGACCGAUGCGGAGAGCGAGGAACACUACCACCUGGACGUGGCCAUCAAGACUAUGAACAAGGUCGCCAGUCACAUCAAUGAGAUGCAGAAGAUCCACGAAGAGUUUGGUGCUGUGUUUGACCAGCUGAUUGCUGAGCAGACGGGAGAGAAGAAAGAGGUUGCAGAUCUGAGCAUGGGUGACCUGCUCUUGCACACCAGCGUCAUCUGGCUGAACCCACCCGCCUCACUGGGAAAGUGGAAAAAGGAGCCAGAAUUAGCAGCCUUCGUCUUCAAAACGGCCGUGGUCCUUGUAUAUAAAGACGGUUCCAAGCAGAAGAAGAAACUUGUUGGCUCUCACAGGCUGUCAAUCUACGAGGAGUGGGACCCUUUCCGGUUUCGCCACAUGAUCCCUACCGAAGCUUUGCAGGUCCGAGCUCUGCCCAGUGCAGAUGCAGAGGCAAAUGCGGUAUGCGAAAUUGUCCACGUGAAAUCAGAGUCAGAAGGGAGGCCCGAGCGGGUUUUCCACCUCUGCUGCAGUUCCCCAGAGAGCAGAAAGGACUUUCUGAAGUCUGUGCAUUCGAUCCUGCGAGAUAAACACAGAAGACAGCUCCUCAAAACGGAAAGCCUUCCGUCAGCCCAGCAGUAUGUCCCCUUUGGAGGCAAGAGAUUGUGUGCGCUUAAAGGCGCCAGGCCGGCCAUGAGCAGGGCAGUGUCUGCCCCAAGCAAGUCUCUUGGGAGGAGGAGGCGGCGACUGGCCCGAAACAGGUUUACCAUCGAUUCAGACGCCAUCUCAGCCAGCAGCCCGGAGAAAGAGCCCCAGCAGCCCGCCGGUGGUGGGGACACUGACCGAUGGGUAGAGGAACAGUUCGAUCUUGCUCAGUACGAGGAGCAGGAUGACAUCAAGGAGACAGACAUCCUCAGUGACGAUGACGAAUUCUGUGAGUCCCUGAAGGGCGCCUCAGUGGACAGAGACCUUCAGGAGCAGCUUCAGGCUGCCUCCAUCAGUCAGCGGGCCCGAGGCCGGAGAACCCUCGAUAGCCACGCCUCCCGCAUGACACAGCUCAAGAAGCAAGCGGCCCUCUCGGGCAUCAACGGGGGCCUGGAGAGUGCGAGCGAGGAAGUCAUUUGGGUCAGGCGCGAAGACUUUGCCCCCUCCAGGAAACUGAACACGGAGAUAUGACUUCCUUGUCCCUGUAGAGAAUAUGUGUGUAGAUAUGAUGCCGGCCCCACCCUCACUCCGCCCACCCUCCUGUGCCGUCCACGAGAAUGUCCCCUUAGGUCGCACUCUUGACACAGAUUUUGGCAGCUGACUUGGGUCUGAAGCCAUGUAGCCACCCACCUUCAUCAUUCUUAAUGACACCAGAGAGAAUCGUUCAGAAUCCCAGACAAACAAGCUUGAGUCCUUUCCUCUGUGCCAAGGGCUUUCUUUUAUUUAUUCUCAAUUCAUCGGGGCCUGAAGAUUUAGAACGAAGAACCGAUAGCGCUAGAAAUCAAACCGUCCCCACCCCAGCAGUCAAAACAGGGACAGGACGGUGUGCACAGAUUGUCCCAGCUCCACCUCUCUAAAUCCAGUCUCGCAGCUGAGGAACAACCACCUUCAAACACACAUAGAGAAACGGAACAGAUGGAAACACCUGUACAGCGUGCAGUGUUCUGACUCCUCCCCUCUUCAGCGUCCGAGAAUAUCUGUGUAUCUUAAGAAUGUGUGAGGAAAGGGUGGUCGUCUCUGUACGAUGAGCCUUUAUUCUUAUUUUUUUUUUCUUCUGUUCAUGUCUAUAGCUGGUCUUACUCUGUGUCAGUGUCUGGAAGCUCUAGUUUUGCAGAGAAUUAUAAAGAUGCCAAACUCUUGGAAAAGAGAUCCAAAUUUAUCACUUAGAGGGAGAGAGAAGAAAAAAAAGAAACACUAUUUUUUGUAUUUUCCUUGAGAUGCAGGGGCACAAAUAGAUGAGAAUUUUACAGUGUUAGGUGUAACUCAGUCUGAAAAUGAGGAUAUAACCUUUUGCAGAGCAAGCGGGGCACGAUGACUUUAUAUUUAUACACAAACGGCCAACAAGAAGCUCAUGCUAAGAAUAAACUUUUCUGAGAAACAGAUUUUUUUUUUAAAUGUAUGAAUCUAUAUUUGAGAUGGGAGUUUGGUUGGAUUACAGGGACAGGAAAUGGGGCAGUGUGUGCGUGUGUCUGUUGUUCAUGGUGGGGGAGGGGAGCCUCCUCAUGGGGUUGCCAUGGCAAUCAUUGGUUUUCCCAUCAAACUUGCAUCUUCAUCCACAGAUGACCUCCCCUUCCCUGAGAGUCCACGGCAGAAUCUUAGAACCUCUUCAGAGACGUCCUUUGUGGUUAAUAUUUCCUCCAUGCCAAUGAGACAGGGUAAACUCGCUACGGGGCCUAACCUUCUAAAUGGAUGUCCAGACAGGAAGAACAAAACCCAUUCUAGCACUUUCAUUUUUAAAAAAAAAAAGGUUUAUAGCUUUUUGUUCCGCCCUCCUCCUCCCCAUUUCACAAUGUCCAUUCCUUAAGAAGGGUUUAAAUAAUAUGAAAACUUUGUUUUUGGAAAUAAAAAAAUAUCUAUAUAUCUAUAUAUCUAUAUAUCUAUUUGGUGUUUGAUACAUCGGUAGGUACUUUAAAGACCUGAAUUUUAUAGUAGCUUUAGCAAUUAUAUUUUAUAAGAAUCAGUUAUGACUUUAUAUUUCCAGAUAGAGAGUUCAGAACACCAUGCUCUAAAGCCUCCCCCACCCCGGCUUGCUUUCCUGCUUUCCUGACCUCUCUCCCCCCCCCCCCUUUCGGGUUUCCAGGGCUUUGAGCUUGAUCUUUUGAAAGUUUUAUUCUAUUACAGUUUUUGCUAUUACCUUCUGGUUUUCUUAAGAAGCUUUAGAGUGGUUUCUAUGCCCUUUGUACCACUGCACUGUUCGUAACAUCUCGGGGUCGAUUGCGUCCGGAUGGGAAACUGAAGCAGAGGUGUCGGAUAGUCACAUUUUCUGGUCUCCCUGCAACACGUCCAUCGGAAAAAAAAAUACUGGAAAGUCUGGUGCUUAGAGAGGGUGCCAUUGUCUCUUGUAUAUACGGUCAUGAUGUGUCUAUGUCAAAAGUUCUUAUAUAUUUCUUUUAUAAGCUGAAAGAAGGUCUAUUUUUAUGUUUUUAGGUCUAUGAAUGGAACGUUGUAAAUGCCUGUCCAACAAUAAAAGUACUGAAAAGGG